GGGUCUGAAUACUUUCUGAAGGCUCUGUGUGUUUCCAUUCUUUCUAUUCUUCUUUCUCUUGAAUCACAAUAAGAACAGAGGCCUGUAGUAGUUGGACUCUGACACACUGAACAAUUUAAUCCAUUUUAGAAUAAGGCUGUAACCUAACAAAAUGUGGAAAAAUCAAGGGGUCCGAAGACUUUCCGAAUGCUCUGUAAACGUGUGCAGUAUUCGUUGAAAUGAAUCAUAUGAAGAGACACUACUGACAGGAGAAUGAGGCAUCAACAUCUCCACUGGGGUCUCUGUUACAAAAGGGAUCACUGGAAUAUAAAAGGUUGUUCUCUGUUCUCUACCACAACACCCUACCAUGUUACCCUCCAUAGACUGACCUCUACCACAACACCCUACCAUGUUACCCUCCAUAGACUGACUGUUCUCUACCACAACACCCUACCAUGUUACCCUCCAUAGACUGACUGUUCUCUACCACAAUACCCUACCAUGUUACCCUCCAUAGACUGUUCUCUACCACAACACCCUACCAUGUUACCCUCCAUAGACUGACCUCUACCACAACACCCUACCAUGUUACCCUCCAUAGACUGACCUCUACCACAACACCCUACCAUGUUACCCUCCAUAGACUGACCUCUACCACAACACCCUACCAUGUUACCCUCCAUAGACUGACCUCUACCACAACACCCUACCAUGUUACCCUCCAUAGACUGACCUCUACCACAACACCCUACCAUGUUACCCUCCAUAGACUGACUGUUCUCUACCACAACACCCUACCAUGUUACCCUCCAUAGACUGACCUCUACCACAACACCCUACCAUGUUACCCUCCAUAGACUGACCUCUACCACAACACCCUACCAUGUUACCCUCCAUAGACUGACCUCUACCACAACACCCUACCAUGUUACCCUCCAUAGACUGACCUCUACCACAACACCCUACCAUGUUACCCUCCAUAGACUGACCUCUACCACAACAACCCUACCAUGUUACCCUCCAUAGACUGACCUCUACCACAACACCCUACCAUGUUACCCUCCAUAGACUGACCUCUACCACAACAACCCUACCAUGUUACCCUCCAUAGACUGACCUCUACCACAACACCCUACCAUGUUACCCUCCAUAGACUGACUGUUCUCUACCACAACACCCUACCAUGUUACCCUCCAUAGACUGACUGUUCUCUACCACAACACCCUACCAUGUUACCCUCCAUAGACUGUUCUCUACCACAACACCCUACCAUGUUACCCUCCAUAGACUGACCUCUACCACAACACCCUACCAUGUUACCCUCCAUAGACUGACCUCUACCACAACACCCUACCAUGUUACCCUCCAUAGACUGACCUCUACCACAACACCCUACCAUGUUACCCUCCAUAGACUGACUGUUCUCUACCACAACACCCUACCAUGUUACCCUCCAUAGACUGUUCUCUACCACAACACCCUACCAUGUUACCCUCCAUAGACUGACCUCUACCACAACACCCUACUGCCUUCCGCUCGCUUCUGCACGCGCUCCAUGAUCUCCUCCAAUAGCACCACCCUGGCCGCGCAACACUGUUGCUACGACGACCACGCGAAGCUUAUCACGCGGGGUAAAGGGGCGGGCGCUCCGAACCUCAUCAGUACUGAGUUCUCGCCGGAGCUGCAUUACAAAGUGGACGUGCUGCCCUGGAUCCUGUGUAACGGGGACUGGAGCCGCUUCCACUCGGUGAGGCCACCCAACAACGGGCUGCUGUGUCCCGACAACCCACACGAGGAGGUGCAUCAGGCUCAACUGGAGGAGGCCAGGGAGUACUGAUGGGGAGGGGAACUGAGACCCUGACGGGGAAAGAGCUGGAAAGAGGGGGUAGAGAGAGCCACAUGGUCCCCAAUUAUGUCUGGAUUUCAGCAUAGACCACAUACUGAAUAUGUGUAGCGUUAACUAUCAGUUGGUUUGGGAAGAAAAGGACUCCUGGAUGUCCCAUCUCUAGCUCCUCCUUAUUCAGUGUUCGAGUUUAUUAAUGACUGAAAUUGGACAUUUCUCCAAUCAGGGAAGCCGGCAACCAACCAUCCAAAAUGGAGUGAAGUUGAGCUCCUCUCUUGCAGUGGCGUACUCUGACGUGGGAAAACGAUGUGAGGGCCCCGUUUUAAUGUUGUGUUUUUAGGACAUCUUCACCAUCAAGCACUUCACUCCUUGGAUGAUUCGUCAGGAUCCACCGGCCAAUUGGAAUAUACUCUUCCACGAAUGACAUACUGUGGCAUUACAGGAAGAGAAAAAUAAAAUAAUUCUAACGUG